CUGGAAUAGAUCACAGAAAACAAAAGGCAAGAAGGAAACAAAGCAAGUGUUAACAAUUCAACUGUAACGCUGUUAAGUGAUCCAUUUGAGAGAGAAAGGGAGGGGCUAGAGACGAGGAACGUAGUGAAUUGGAUGACACCGUACGAGCGCAAGAAGGUUGACAAGAUAACAUAGGAUGAAAAAGGAGAAAUCCUGAUUCAUCAAAAUAAUUUUUCAUUUUUUGGAAUACAAGUCUGUCGGCUUGAAGCUUCUAUUUUGGAGUGUGGCCGUAUACUGUAGCCUUCACGUAUCGGUUAUUAUUCUUUAGCCUAUUUAUUUGCGGGGCCCUGUGCCAUAAUAAUGGCUCGACAGUGGCCUUGGACAAUGUGUUCAAAACGUCGGAUGUGUCUUUUACCGAGGAGAUCCCGUUAGAAUAUGAUUUUAAUCUACCAAUAUAUACGAUAUAUAUGUGAUUCCCAUCAAAAUAAUAACGCGCUCUUCCGUGCGGAUCCAUUCGACAUCUGGGCGAUUGUAAUUGUAUAGCGCAUCUCUACAUCCUCAUCUGGAUCUCUGUCCUAUUGGUGCGAUGGCCUUCUCUCUUCUGGCUAUCCUGAUAUUAUCUCUCCAUGCUCUCCCAUCCAUUGGCUGUCCAGUGGGAUGUCGCUGCUACAGCCUGACUGUGGAGUGUGGCUCUACGGGCCUCCGGGACAUCCCCUCACACGUCCCAGCUUCUACACAGACCAUCUUCCUUCAGGACAAUGCUAUCGGGCAGAUCCGUCUGUCAGACCUCUCCCAGCUGGGCCGUCUGCACUACCUGUAUCUGCAGAACAACAGUAUCUCAGCACUGGAGCCCGGGGCCUUCCAGAGCCAGGGUCAGCUUCUGGAGCUGGCCCUCAACGGGAACCGCAUCCACCUGGUCACAGCAGACAUGUUCAGGGGCCUGGAGCACCUCCGCAUCCUCUACCUGGCAGGAAAUGACAUCACUCGCCUACAGGACUAUACCUUCAGAGGCCUACAGCGUCUUCAAGAGCUUCACCUGCAGCAGAAUAGCAUUGAGAUUCUGGGAGACCAAGCUCUAGUUGGUCUGUCCUCUCUGGCCCUGCUUGACCUCAGCCGGAAUAACCUGCACACCAUCGGCCCUGCCACCCUGCGGCCCCUCGUCAGCCUGCAGGUGCUGCGUGUCACAGACAAUCCUUGGCGUUGCGACUGUGCCCUGCACUGGCUGCGCAGCUGGAUCGAUGAGGAGGGCCAGCGCCUGCUGAGCUCGGCCGAGCGGCGCCUUGUCUGUUCUGAGCCACCCCGCCUCUCCCACCUCAGCCUGGUGGAGGUGCCUCUUAACAGCCUGGUGUGCAUCCCCCCUCUGGUUCAGCUGGAACCCCGCCGCCUGGCCGUGCGCCUGGGGGAGAGCAUGCGCGUCUCCUGCCAUGCAUCUGGUUACCCCCGGCCGCAGGUCACCUGGAGGAAGGCUUCCCAGGGUAAGGUGCAGCUCUCCCCCCGGGGGCUGGUGCAGGACCUGGGCGGUGUAGGGACUGUGGGGGCUGAGGAUGCAAUACAUCCAGCUGCAGGACGGGUGAGACUCCAGAAGGAGGAUGGGGAGCGCUUCGAUCCAGACACUGGCAGUGGGAUGCUGUUCCUUAGCAACGUGACAGUGGCUCACGCCGGGCUGUAUGAGUGCGAAGCCUGGAACGCUGGAGGGGUGGCCCGUGUGACCUUUCAGCUCGCAAUCAACUCUUCGUCCUCGUCCAGUUGGUCCCCUGCCUCCUACGCUCCUUCCUGGCCUCGUCUGCGCUCCAAUCGGCCGACGUCGUCAGAUGUGAGUCGAGAGCCCUUGUACGCCCUUGGCAGCAUGGCCUUCAGCGCACUGGGAGCUGCUACUCAGACUGCCAUCGCCAUAGGGAUCUCCCUGCUGGCCCUCACAGCUCUUCUCCUGGUGGCCAUGAUCUACAGCCGACAACGCCAUCGGCAGAAGGAGACAGAGGACAAGGAGGAAAGCAUCCUGUAUGUCAAUGAUUACUCAGACGGACCAACAACCUUUGCCCAGCUGGAGGAGUAUCGGGAUGAGCGCGGGCACGAGAUGUAUGUUCUGAACCGGGCUAAACCCGUCCUCCCACCUUCCACCACAGCCACUACCACCACUCUAGGGUACCAACAGCAGGAAGCACUGUCUCCCACAAAGCCCCAGAUAGAGCCGGAUAUACGGACAAUGAGAAGGAUGGCAGGGGAGGGCGGGGAGGCAGAGCCGGUGACAGCCGAGUCGGAGGGCUUGUUUCUGAAUCACACAGGCUUGUUCCUCGACUCACAAAUUGCAUAUGAGAUCCACUGCUGAAGGCCCCUAGGACGACAUUCACAAUGAGCUAGUCCAGAGUGCUUAAUGUCACUUGGUGACCAAACCUCCAGACUGCAAUGAGGGUUCAGAUGAAUCAUAAAUCCUGAUUGCUCUUGCUCCAGAGUGACAAGUUUGAGCAGCAGUACGACAUAAAGACAUGGCAGGAGACAUGCCUCCCUCAACCAAAACCCCCACUGUACUAUACCUUACUGUGAUAUGAGAAAAUUAGUCCUUUGUCCAGCUUGAACAUAUACUGUAGCUACUAUAGUAAGUAUGGAGAACCAUUUCAAUGGACUGAGUAAUGUUUGGUGGAGAGACCCUUAUUGUGACACUUCUGCUGUUUAUAAAAAGUAAACUGAAAUAGGGGCCUAAACAGGCUCACCUGGUUGGACUCUGAGAUGUUUAGAAAUGUAAGAGGAAGGUGUAUCAUAAGGCUAUAAGAAAGGAGUACUUUGUGGCAGAAUACUGCUGACCAACCCGGAUCCCUCCAUCCUACAACAAGUUACUUCCAAAGAUUGCGUCAAUCAAACAACGGUAUACAGUCAGUAAAACAGGCUCUCUCCCCUUCAGGUUCAGUUCAUUUCAUUAUGUUGGUGACUAUAUGCACACAUGCAUGAAUUGAAGAUAAGGAGAUGUAUUACAUUUGCAGGCAGUACCAUAAAUCAGUCAUCUCCUUUAACUUUAAAAUAAUAAUUUUUGAAAUAUAUGAAAGUACUGUAGGGCUUAGCUUUAUGGGAAUAUUUUUGUCGCUUGUACCUCAACAUUUUUUUGUUUACCAAACAAGGUAAACCUAAUGUGAUUCAAUGUGUGUGUUUUUCUCAUGAUAAAGUGUUUCAAUAGCCUUUAGCUUACUGUGUUUGCAGUAUACCUCAGCAUAUGUAUUGGUUUCAAUGGAAUCUGGUAAAAUGUCUGUGGUCCAGCACAAGAUUACAGUAGGUUUUGGUGUGUGACAUAUGCUGCAUACAUAUUUGCAGUGCAUUGCUGUAUGGCACUCAGUUGGGACUAUUUUCUGAAAUUCCACCAGGAACUACCAAAUCCACAACAAUAUUAGCCUUCAUUAAAACUGUGUUUUUGCCAUUCAGAUGUUGAAAAGUAUUUGUUUGAAAGUGGAAGUACAGUGGACCCCAGCGCAAGCUUCACCCAACAGCUGUAGGCUACAGGGAAAGAGUCUGGUAAUCCCAUUGGAUGCUGGACAUUGGUGUGUUUGAGGCGGAACAGUGAUAAAAGCAAUACAGUCUAGAAUUAAAACACUGUAUUGUCCUACCCAGAUUGUCACUGUAAAACUGCAUUUCAAGCUUUUAAUUUAAUUUCAGAUAUUUUUAAUACUUUUAUUUGAAAAUGAUUUAUUUGUGGUUUGUAUUGACAUACAGUUGAAGUCGGAGGUUUACAUACACAGGUUGGAGUCAUUAAAACUUGUUUUUCAA